CAUCAGUGAAAAACAGUCUCUGUUUACUGAACUACAGAACCAGGAAAAGACAGGAUGGGCACUGCUGGAAAAGUCAUAAAAUGCAAAGCAGCUGUGCUAUGGGAGUUAAAGAAACCCUUUUCCAUUGAGGAGGUGGAGGUAGCACCCCCUAAGGCUCACGAAGUUCGUAUAAAGAUGGUGGCCACAGGAGUCUGUCGGUCAGAUGACCAUGUUGUUAGUGGAGCCAUAGUCUCACCUCUUCCUGUGAUCAUAGGCCAUGAGGCUGCCGGCAUUGUGGAGAGCAUUGGAGAAGGGGUGACUACAGUAAAGCCAGGUGAUAAAGUCAUCCCACUCUUUACUCCCCAAUGUGGAAAAUGCAGUGUUUGUAAACACCCAGAAGGCAACUUCUGCUUGAAAAAUGAUCUGAGCAUGCCUCGGGGGACCAUGCAGGAUGGUACCACCAGGUUCACCUGCAGAGGGAAGCCCAUCAACCACUUCCUUGGCACCAGUACCUUCUCUCAGUACACAGUAGUGGAUGAGAUCGCAGUGGCCAAAAUUGAUGCAGCCUCACCACUAGAGAAAGUCUGUCUCAUUGGCUGUGGAUUCACUACUGGUUAUGGAUCUGCAGUCAAAGUUGCCAAGGUGACGCCAGGCUCCACCUGUGCAGUGUUUGGCCUCGGAGGGGUCGGCCUGUCUGUUGUCAUGGGCUGUAAAGCGGCCGGAGCAGCCAGGAUCAUCGGGGUGGAUAUCAACAAAGACAAAUUUGAGAAGGCAAAGGAAUUGGGUGCCACUGAGUGCAUCAGCCCACAGGACUUCAAGAAACCCAUCCAUGAGGUGCUGAAGGAAAUGAGCGGUGGAGGUGUGGAUUUUUCAUUUGAAGUCAUUGGUAGGCUUGACACUAUGGUGGCUGCCUUGGCAUGCUGUCAAGACUCAUAUGGCAUAAGCGUCAUUGUAGGAGUACCCCCUGAUUCCCAAAAUCUCUCCAUGAACCCUAUGUUGCUAUUGAGUGGACGUACCUGGAAAGGAGCAGUGUUUGGUGGCUUUAAGAGUAAAGAUUCUGUCCCCAAACUUGUGGCCGAUUUUAUGGCUAAGAAAUUUCCAUUGGAUCCAUUAAUAACCCAUGUUUUACCUUUUGAAAAAAUAAAUGAAGGAUUUGACCUGCUUCGCUCUGGAAAGAGUAUCCGUACCGUCCUGACAUUCUGAGACCAUGCAAGUGCCUUCCCUUGUAGCAGUCUUCUGGCUCCUUCAUCAUUGGUCUUAUCAGCCAAAGGCAUUGAUAUUCUGUUCUUCAGAGAUGCUGUCAAUACAUUACACCUGGGAGGUUUCCAUGUGAAAACAAGAAACAAAAAUUGUUGUGAAAUCAUUUUCCAAGCAAAUGUUCAAAAUCCAAGUGACAGUUAGAUGAACAUUCUGUUUAGCAGAGUAAUUGAGUCCAAUAAACAUUUAU